AUGGUCAUAAUCUGUGUUUUGGAACACGAAUUCAACAUAGAAGUUGGACCCCAAGAACCUGUUGUUGAGAUCAAAAGGAAGAUAGAACAACACUUGGGAAUUCCCAUGGCUUCUCAAACUCUUUCAGUAUCUGGAUGGGAGUUAGUAGAUGGACUAGACAUGGAAGAUUAUCCAAUUGUCACUGAAGCUACUAAAAUUGACCUCACAGUCAAGUAUAUGCAACCUCCUCUAAUUAACAACAAAAUUCAGAUUGUUGUAAAGUUUUCAUCAAAACAAUAUCACAUGGAAGUGGAUAGAGCCGAAACCGUGGGCAGCCUCAAAGAGAAGAUCCACAUCAUUAAUGGAACCCCCAUCAAGAAAAUGUCACUCUUUUUUUGCGGAACAGAAUUAGAAGAAGAAUAUCGAAAUCUGAGCGAGUAUGGAGUAUGCGAGUCCUCUGAAAUUGUCGUGUUUUGCAAGACGGUGAACCGCCUUAGAGAUGAGCCUCCCUCGAAGACAUUGAUGAUGGUGGUACAAACUUCAUCGAGUUUGCUUAAUGGCGCGAGAAUUCCUUUGGAGGUGAGCGAUUUGAGCAGUGUCAAAGAUUUAAGGGAAUUGCUUUUGAGCUCAAAAAUUCUCCCCUUGGAUGAUUAUUUGUUUAUACACAAACAGAGAAUCAUGCGUGACAAUUUUAGUUUAAGGUGGCAUGGUGUGGAAGAUGGAGAUUUCUUAUAUGUUUUUAAAGGGACUGUCACUCGUGGUGAACCAUAUUGA